CAGGAAAGCAGCCUGACAAAUCAUGUUCUCAACAGUCAUGAAGUCUACUUAGGUGUGCCUAGGUGGCAGAGCGGAGGCGGAGACGAAGAAGGAAACAAGUAGAAAGAAAAGGAAGGGAAAGGUAAAGAAGCAGAAGAAGAAGAAGAGGCAAAAAAGAAAAAGUGGGAGAAGAGAGUAAGCAGUUGAUGGCGACGAUGUACAACGGUGUGGUGUUUGGUAGAUAUUAUUGUGAGUUUGCCUAAUGUUUUUAGUAUGUUUGUGAUGUAUAUUUAAUGAAAAUGUGCAUUAUCAUGUGUCCAUUGGUGUUUAAUUAGUGUUGAACUGAGAAUAAAAUCAUCAAGUGUUGAGAUAAAAUAUAAAUUGUAAACGACAAAGUCGUUUUUUUCGCGUCGUUGUGGUGUACGCGCCAUGCGCAACGAUCUUUUCUUCAACUUUGAGAGUUGAUACGUCUAGCGAGACGUGAAUUAAAACAUGAGCUUGGACAAGAGUUUUUCAGUAUCGUGAUAGUUAUAAAACCAGCCUCGGAAGGAAUAAUUACAACACUUGGAAGCCUGAUAAAUAGGUGUCCGUUGUUUUACAACACGGACGCUUGCACCGCGUGUCAUCAAUUCCUUGAGACAUCGCCCUCGCCGUCGGACAGAUUUGAUUUAGCCAUGUCCACUAGAAAACGGCAAGGAUUUAAAUUCAGUUUAGAAAAACGAAACAAAAAGAAAUCACUUGACAGUUAUGACAGAUAGGAUGAGUGGAUCCCGGCGAAACGAAGCACGUUGCUUCAAUGAAAACUCUCCAAGGCCACCUGUGCCUGGAGAGGAAACGGAAUCGUAUAUCACCAAAUUCCGUACAGAAAGUCCAGCUCUGACACCUAGACGUUCAUCUCUAGGUAUUCGAGGGUCUACAUCAUCCGGCGAUGCUUCGGCGCCACUUGGAUUUGAGCCAGAGGGUUGUUGUGGGAAUACCAUCAUGGAGAGUAAUUCACCACCAGCCUGCUUACGAUGGGCACGUAAUCUCCACUCUCUUCUUCAGGAUCAUGACGGUCUUAUUUUGUUUAAAAAGUAUCUUGAUCAAGAGGGGAAACAGUAUGCUAACCCUCUUGAUUUUUGGUUCGCAUGCGAGGGUCUUAAGGAACAAGCUCCAGCCAAGAGACAUCAGUUGAUUAAAGUCAUAUAUAGAAGGUUUUUACUUAAAUCACCUUUUCCAAUUCCUGAAGAGGUGAGAAAAGAAGCAAGUCGUCGAAUAAAAGAAGGUCGAAUAGAUGAUAAAGUGUUUGAUGCUGUUCAAUUAGAAGUUGAGCGAUUGAUAAAUGAAACAACCUAUCCAAACUUCCUGAGAUCAGACAUGUAUCUUGAGUACGUUCAAGCCUGCCAAAAUCCAGGUUCUGCUGGUUGUCCGAGCUCAAGCUCUAGCCGAGAAAUGUCAUUAUCGUGCGGAUCUAAUUUGUUACCAACACUUCAUGAAGAUACUGAAUUUCAUUCAAUUCGAACCACGCACUCUGCAUGCGGAUCUCCCAGUGAAUUAAGACUGACUAGAGAUGUCCUUAUGGCAACUCAGCAGACAAGGGCCAUGGAUCUUCGACCUAAGCCAGAAGCAUUUGCUGGAAUUUACUUGCAACCUGGAACUAGUCCAUACCAUAUGCCGUUGUCCAAAGCGCACGUUCAGUAUUCUUCUUACAACCCAGUAUCCAGACAGGAUUCGGAACUCCAGAGUUUGAGCAGCGAUGCGCGAACAGAGUCUGACAAUAUGUCACUAACAGACUCUUCAGUAGAUGGAAUGUCAAUAGGCCGGCCUAGGAAUAGCAAAAAGCAGUACAUAAGACACUGUAAAAAUAUCAAGGAAUCAGCAAGCCUCAAUCGAGACCCAAUGUCCCAUCACACAGUGAUUCCUCGUACUCAAAGAGUCUCUCGAGAAUUAAUGAAACCGUCAAAGCCUGAAGUUUUUGCUCAAAUCCUUUUUGAUAAGUUGGAGAGUGUCAAACGUGAUAGAGAGAAUCAAGAAAAAUUGGAAAGACAUCUUCAAGAAGGGGAAGCAAUAGCUGGAGAACCAGAAUUUGCUCCGAAAGGUCUUGCCGAUGCUUUACGUGAGAAACUGACGAUCGAUGAUGACAAUGAUCAAGCUAUCCUCGAUCAACAUGUUUCUCGUGUUUGGUCUGAUCCAACACCGUCAAGAUCACCUGGAUUUGCAUCCCCAAAAAAUCCACACUCACCAGAGCGUAAGAAAAUUUCUGCAGGGCAUAUUUAUUCGAGGUCUUACAAGCAGAGAAAAGAGAAGGAUGUAUUUUCUACUUUCUCUAUUGAUAGUGGUAAUAUUCAUGAUUUUCCGGAAGGUAAUGACUUGGCCGGUGCCAGCUCCAUAAGCUCUUCUAGUUCCCAUAUACCAAAAUCAAAGUCUGUGCCUUCUGAAUAUGCUGAUUCUCUUCAUAAACAAGAUUUUUAUCUUCAAGGUCAUGAUCAAAGAUUCCGAAGGUCAGAUAUGUCGAGAAGAUCAGCAACAAAGAAAUCGAUGACUGAAUUAACAGACAGUGGCGUUAGUGUUGUUAGUGAUGUGACUGCCAGUAAAGAUCGUAUUCAAUCGUGGCGUGCUCAAGUGGAUAAAAAAAUAGAAGGAAAACAUAUACGACAUGGAAAGAAAUAUGGUUCGCGAAGUGGCUCUUUGGAGAGAGCGAGCAGAGAGGAAUGGGGUGGACGAGCACAGCCAUUUUUGGGUGAUCCUGGAAUGCCUUUACUGCCUCAACCUCAUACUCCAACUCAAUUGGAAGAGGCAAGAAGACGACUCCUGGAAGAAGAUCGAGCUCGUUCCAGUGGUACGAGCAGCAUUAUUGGCACUAGUUCAGGCGUUUGUACUUCAGGAAUAAGCCGACAACGUUAUCCUGGAGUUUUCAAACAAUCGCCAGAUAUAGUUUUUAGUCAUAAUCAAAGUUCAGCAUCUUCAAAUCAAUCAACAUUACGCAAAAGUCGACAAGACAUGGGAGAUUUCACCACUGUAGUGUUCAAUUUUUGCGAUGAACAAUUUCCGUAUAGGACUAAAAUUCCGGGACAUAAUGUCACAUUAAAACAAUUCAAAGAGUAUCUUCCGAAGAAGGGCAGCUAUCGAUAUUUCUUUAAAACAGAGUGUGAAGAUUUAGAUACAAAAGUAAUCCAAGAAGAGAUAACUGAUGACUCGGAAGUAUUGCCACUAUGGGAAGGAAAAGUAAUGGCCCAAGUGAAAGCCCUUGAAUAAUUUUCUUUGUUAUUCUUAAUCAUAAAAAAAAUAUUUAUUCUCGGACUGUACAGAUUAUAUAUAUAGACAUAUAUUUUUUUGUUUAGGAAAAAUUUAAUCAUCACUUAAUAAGAUCAUUUCUUGAAAUAUCGUUAUUCAUUUUCAAGUCAUGAAAUUUUUUUCUUCAUUUCAAUACUAAUAAGAAAAUUUAGGUUUAAACUCAUAAACAUUUAUUAUUAUAAUUACGAUUAUAAUUAUUAUUAAAGUACUGAACUCUUCCAGAGGCUUCCCAUAGUUUUUCCGGCCGAAUGUACAAAAAGCCUGCGUAGUUUUCAUUUUAAAAAAAAGGUCUGCGUAGACUUCCAUAGAUAAAUAAAUUAUUUACGCGACAUAGGCAAUAACUAAACGAAAAAAAAAUAUUACGUACAUUACUUCAUAGGAAAAACCAAUGGAUAAAUAAUCUAAUAAAAUGAAUCUACGUAAUUUACGUAAUAUUUGAUUGAUAAAAAUAAUGAUUUAUUAAAUGCAAUUUGCGUCUCAUCGUGCCACAAAAAUCAUUUUUAACAAAUCAUUGUAAUAUAUAUAUAUAUUACAGAAAAAAAAACUAAAUAAACGAUAAC